CUGUUCGGAAACGAAAUUAGCGUGCAGUUUGGGACAAGUGAAAAGAAAAAUCAAAUUGUUUUAAAAUUGAUGGUCAUCUGGUUCAUUCGCACAAAAGCAAAUGGGUAAAUAUUCCAAUAAUAAAAAAACAAUUAAUCGAAACGAAAAAUGCAUAGCGUUUGCCCGAAUUUCAUUUUAUCUGUGCAAAGAAAAUGUCUUAAAAAUGCCCGUGUUGCUGCUGCUACAGUUGUUUGUUCGCAUGUAAUAGUGUGUAUGACAAUUUCUUGUGUGUGGACAUGCAUAUAUGUGCCCCGUUUUUAAUCAAUCAGAAUGUCUACUUUACAUACGUAUGAGAAUUGAAAACAGAGAGUAAAUUACUUGGUGGCAUCAGUUUCGAUUCAAUCAAUCUGUUUUUUUUAAGUAUUUUAUUUCGGAAAUUUACUUUAUGUAGUAUAAGAUAAGUGUGUUGUUUGAGCAUUGCAUAGAAACAUUGCAAACGGUUGAUAUCAUUUUUUGCCAUAUUUCGACAUUUGACAGUCGAAGACAGAGAAAGAAGACCACCAAUCGCUUACAAAUGAGAAUAAUAUACAGAAAGUGCUACUUCUGACUUGUUUUGCAUUUGUUGUUUUUUAUUUCGUUUGGAUUCGUUUCUCGCUAUCUCGCACUCGCUCACUUUCCGAUAGCCAAUGAAAAUACACAAACACUGAAAUCUUAUAUAUUCGCACGUCAAAAACGAAAUUACCUCGAAAUGGGCAAAUAACAGAUAUAGGACUGAUAUGAUCACCAAAGCGACGGAUUUUUAGUGACAACUUUGAUUAACCCAGUGGAUUACCGGCAAACAAUAGCCCCCGUUUUGCAGAGUAGUCCCCCUUGAGAUGUUCACCAGGACAGCUGUAUAGGGAUUUUCAAUUGUAACUCAUACCAAAUUGUCGACCGAAAAUUUAAAACACACACAAAAGCAUAACACAUCACAGAUUGGACCGAAUUGAUCGGGUUUCGAUGCAUUUGGACCAAGCCAAAAUUCAGAUGGUUUGCGCAAUAUGAUAACUGUAAAUGCCGUCAAAUUGUUGAAUUAAAAAAAAAACUCCAUAACGCAUCACCGCAUCACAUAAGCAGAGGGAAAGGCAGAACAAACGAAAAAUCGAAGUGGUAACAAUCAUUUUUUCGAUCAGAAGAAGGACAGAGGAAAAUGUCAAGGAUUGAUCCAAGCACAGUUUUACCGGUCUUAGAUGAGGUUUCGCAUACAACAUUAGUGCAUUUUUUAAUUGGAGCGCUUAUCAUCUACAUAGCGUGGCGUUCGACAUUUGUGCGGCAUGAGGCUCGUAACAUACCAUAUAGACAGCGAACGGUUUUUAUUUUUAAUCCACAAACGGGCGACUUUCAACAGCAUUCCCUCGGGCUAUUGCUAAACAAUUUGAACAACAAUUUUGCACAAACAACACCAACAUUCGAAUCGAUAUUGGAUGAAAUGAACGGUAUCACCUAUCAAUCGCCACCACAAACCGAUGAGAACAUUGACGAUUCCGUGAUUGAAGAAGAAACACAAGAAAUUAUCCGAGAAAUGGACAGAGAACCAAACAGCUUAUUUGAAAAUACCAGCGGAUUGCGCAAUCGACGAACGAAUACGGGAAACAACAACAACACUAGCAAUACUAAUAAUAAUGUCGAUCAGAGGAGCCCAUCACCAGACACAGAUACAGUGUUAAGCUCCUUAGCCAGUAGUAGCAGUAGCAGUAGUUCAACAUCCAGUGGUACAACAAGUACGCCAACUACAGUGGAAGAAAUGGCAGAAUCGACAUCGGUUGCGGUAGAUGCAGAGAAUACGAGCAGUGCAUCAAACGAAGCCACUUAUUCCAGCAGCGAUGAAAUCACUAUCAAACUUAAAUAUUUAAACGACGAUUUGAAAAUCGUCAAGGCCAGAACUGGCGAACCAAUCGGAGAUUUCAAAAAACGAAAUUUCAAUGAAGAAUUGAACGCUCAAAAGCUGGUUCGUUUGGUAUUCAAUGGUCACGUCCUACAACCAGAUGCAAAAACAAUUGCUGCAUGCGGCUUAUUUGAUAAUUGCGUUGUGCACUGUUUAAUUCAUAAUCCUCGACCAAACGUUGUCACCGAGCCCAAUCCAUUAGCAAAUAAUCAGCCAAUACCACUAGUAAAUGAGGGCGCGGCUGAACAAAUGGGAAUUAACAAUCUAAUGAAUUCGAAUCAAAAUCGCAAUCGAAAUACACAACGCUUGCUGAAUCUGAGUUUGUUUUUGAUAUGUCUGUCAGUGAUAAUAUCAUGGUUUUUCAGGAUUCAAUAUUUUCAACUAUUUUCAUGGUAUUCAACCGUUGGACUAGUUCUACUUACAACAUUUUUCCUCGUCAUAAUCCCCUUGAUAUUUUUGAUUGAACGCGAAAUAUUUAGAAAUUUAUAAGUAUUAAUGGUGAGGAAAGAAUAUGGAGAAGAAGAAGCAAGAAAAAGAACUUUGUGAGAGAUAGAGAUGAAAUUGAAAAAAGAAAAGUGGGAAAACUGUGUAAAUAUGACGAAUGGAACCAAUUAAAAUCAAGAGAUUUUCAAACACAUGCGAUUUAAAAAAAAAACAUUAAAUAAACGUUUAAUUACUAUUGAUGAUACUUUCUCACGCAAAACAUAUAUGCAACACACAUUACAUUACAGAAAAAAACGUGUAUGAAAGAAAAUUGUAUAUUUUUAUUUAUUUUGAAGAAUUUCAAGCGAUUUAAUAAAAUUACUAAAAUGUUAAAAUUAUUUUCAA